AUGUCAGUUCUUCGGGACCGGUCACUGCCCGCCUCGGGGCUGGAAGGGUUUGCCAGAAGCGGGGAAGUCGCGCGAUCUGAGCUCUGUCUUGGUCUCGCCACACCCAGGACCUGUCCUUGCCGCAAUUCCCCCACGGAAACGACCGAAUUGAAACGAGAAUUGUUCUCUGGGUGCAGUGGUUUGAAUGCUUCAGGUAACUCGGAAGGCAACGUGGGUUAA